CCCAUUCAUCGACCUAUCUUAUCUGAAGCCACCAGUCCAAAAUCUCAGAUUUCUCCCAACCGCUCCCUGCAACAAUCGCUCAAUCCCCCCUCGUUCCAAAUCCGGCCAUGAUCGCAGCUUUUCAAGCUCUCUCUCUCAUACUCGAACCCAUCAAGCUCUCCCCUUUACUUCAUAAAACCCCCAAACUCCGCCAAACCCUAACCUUAACCCCAUUAUGCGCCGCAAAGGAAGGAUUCAUGGCCGCCGAAACUUCGAGCCAUUCCCGCCCCAUUAAACGCCCUGCUCGAAGGAAACCGACCUCCUAUGGAACCUCCCGGAGAUCAACCAUCAAGAAGAGCUUCUCACAGGAGCAAGUCAUCUUCACCACCCCGGUAUCCAACAACUCUUCAAUCGCCAUCAUCGGCGGCGGCCUCUCGGGCCUCCUCUGCCCCCCCCCUCUCGCCCCGAGAGGCAUUCUUCGAUCUACUGUAUUCGACACCGGCAUUCAUGGCUUGGGAGGUCGAAUGGCUACGCGGACCUUGGUCGAAUCCCAGAAAAAACUGGUCUUUGAUCACGCAGCUCAGUUUUUUACCGCUCGCGAUGCGAGAUUUCAGAAGCUGGUUCAUAAGUGGGUUUCUGAAGGCUUGGUUACUGAAUGGAAGGGCGUGAUUGGUGAGCUUGAAGCUGGCGGACGAUUUACCCCAAUCCAAAGCUCUGCUGCUAAGUACAUCGGGAUCGAAGGUAUGCGUUUACUUGCAGAUUCAAUCCAUAAAGGUACCAACUUGGUUGAGAUUAUUCGACCUUGCUGGAUCAGCAAGCUCGAGCCUUUCAAUGGGAUGUGGCAUUUGAGAGAGAAGGAGAGGACCCGUGGUUCAUUUGAUGCAAUUGUUAUCGCUCAUAAUGGAAAAUGUGCAAACCGCUUACUUUCUUUUUCCGGCUUGCCGCAGCUCUGUAAACAGAUGAAAAAGCUUGAACUCAGUUCAAUCUGGGCUCUUCUUGCUGCAUUCGAAGACCCGCUUCCUGUUCCAUUGGAUGAAGGGUGCAGAGCAGUGGAAGGAGCUUUUGUGAAGGGUGUUGAAGCUGUUUCAUGGAUGGGUAACAAUACCAGUAAGCUUUCUCUUCUGCGGGACAGUAAUGGCGGCCAUCAAUGUUGGACCUUUUUCAGCACAGCGAGUUAUGGGAGACGAAACAAAUGUCCGCAGGAAAAUAUUUCUAAUGCCACAGCGGAGAAGGUGAAGAAGGAGAUGAUUGAUGGCGUGGAAGCUGCUCUGGGACUGUGUAAGGGGUCGCUUCCUCAGCCAUUUUACUCUCGUGUUCAGCUCUGGGGUGCGGGGCUGCCUAGAAAUACACCUGGAGUUCCUUGCGUGUUUGAUCCCUAUGGACGGGCGGGCAUUUGUGGGGACUGGUUGCUGGGUUCGAGUAUGGAAGCUGCGGCUUUGAGUGGAAUAUCGCUGGGGAAUCAUGUGGCGGAUUACUUUGAAGAUGGGGGGAGUGAAGUGGAGAAGUUUGCUGUUGGGUUGAAUGAGGAAUUUAAGGAUGUAUCUGGCUAUGAUAUUGGAGAUUUUCCAGGUUUUGAUUCCAGUGAAGCUGGAAGCUGGGAUUUACAAUGUGUUGCUCGAUGAUGGUUGUGUGGAGUGAACAAUGCUCUCACUAAGAGAGGAGAAAUAUUUAGGUGCGGAAGACGCACGCAGAAUUAGGUGCGGAAGAAGGUUAUUCAAAGGGUAUUGGGGGGUUAUAUCCGUGUUAUUGGGAGUAUAACCUCACUAUAACCCCCCAAUAACCUACAAAUAAGAUCUGCCGUUCUGUUUUCAUAUAUUUAUAGUUUACUUUAUAUAUUGUAGGUUACUUGGAGGUUAUUAUGAGGUUAUAGUGAGGUUAUACCCCCAAUAACAUGGAUACAACCCUUAGUACCCUUUGAAUAACCUACUUUACACACCCAAUUCUGCGUGCGUUGCCUAAAUAUUUCUCCUAAGAGAGACAAUGAUCGGACAUAUAGCGUGUGAGAGGAAGAGAAGUUGAUGGAUCAGUGAUUCGGAGUGUGGGAAGAAGCACGUUGGAGAAGACUGGCAGGAACAAUUGCAUGUGAGGAGAGGAGAAGUUUGUGGAUAAGAAGGCAUUGUAAAACUGGGGAGAUGCAAUGGAAUUUGUUCAAAAUGACAGUGAAAGAUUUGGUUGUGGAAUUGAUAGUUUCUCAAAACAAUCAUUCAAAUGUUAAA